GCAAAAAACCAAGAACUCAGAUGUUGGUUGCAGUACAUAGACUGAUUAAACUCUUCAACUCUUUCUAAAGGAUUUCAGCUUUUUCCUCAGGCUGUCUCCUUGUUAAUUGUCAAGAGCAUUUGUCAACUCAUUGGUCAACUCAAAUGCUCUGCUAAGUGAUGUCUGUGAUGAUAUCUAGGCUCUCCAUUUUUUAUAUUUCUUAAGGCGUUCUCUUUUUCUUUUUUUCCUUUUGCAAUAUGGAAUGUUUGGCCGGCUGUUAUCUUCUCCAGUGAUUUGGAGAAGAUAUUCUGUCCGUCUUGGUGGAGCAAAUGGUUAAGCACUUGGCUGUUAAUCGAAGGGUUGGCAGUUCAAACCCACCCAGCCAGCUCCACGGGAGAAAGGCCUGGCAAUCUGCUUCUGUAAAGAUUACAUCCAAGACCGUAUGGGGCAGUUUUACUCUGUCACAUGGGGUCACUAUGGGUCAGAAUCAACUCAGUGGCACCCAACAACAACAUUCUGUCUUAAAUUCUGCUAAUUGUUUAUCUCUAAGAUUUUCUUAAGAUUGAAGACACAGGUUCAUUGGUUUUUUACUGCAUUGAGAUAUUCUUUCUAAUUAUUUCUACACACUCUGCCCCGUAACUCAGUGGUAUGUGUCUCUGUCCAUUCCCUGCAAGGUCCAGGCUGCCUUUGGACAGUGGCACAGAUUGUACAGUGCAGGCCUGCCUGCCGCUAGAUUAGAUUUUGCUAAUGGGUCAAGGUACAUUUUCCCACUGAGCUGGAGCUUGGUCUCACUCAGAACUUGAGGCGGCCACUACCAUUUCAUUGGAGUUGGCACUUGAGGUGAAACCAUUCCUGGUCUAGCUCUUUUCCCACAUACAUUAUCUCGCUUAAUAUGUAAGUGUUCUCACUUCUAGGCAUAUAAUUUGGCAACUAUUUGGAAAUAUUCUCCUUCUUGUCCUCUUUGGAGUCCUGGUGGUACAGGGGUUAAGAGCUUGGCUGCUAACCAAAAGGUGGGCAGUUUGAAUCCACCAGCAGUUCCUUGGAAACUCUGGGGGCAGUUUUACUCUGUCCUAUAGGGUUGCUAUGAGUCAGAAUCAAUUCAACAGCAACGAGUGUUUUUGGUUUGUCUGCUUUGCCUGACUAGCUAUGCCAGUGGAAUGGAAAGGAAUGACUGAGAACCUUCAAGAACUGUGUCUCCUUGCUUUUCACAGCUUCUGACUCUUAGGGGCAUUCAGCACACAACAAUAAUAGUCAUUUAGUACGUCUCUGGGUGGCACAAAUGGUUAAACACUUGACUACUAGCUGAAAGGUUGGCAGUUCAAACCCACCCAGAGGCACCUCGCUAGAAAGGCCUGGCAGUUUUUUCUGGAAGGUUACAGCCUUGAAAACUUUAUGGAGGAGUUCUACUCUACACAUAUGCAGCAUUAACUCGAUGACAACCAACAACAAGUCAUUUGGGGGUGGAAUUCAGCCAUAUUUCCUGAGUUGCAAGGGUGCACUGGGAGCAAGUCAGGGCAUGUUCAGAAACUUCGAGAUCUGGAACAAAGUCUUACUCAUCUUUAUUAGAUCCAGCUCUCAGCAUAAUGGUGGCAUCUAGCAUUUAAUAACUAUUUGAUUAAUUAAUAAGUUAAUAAUUGAAGUAUCACUGUACCCUGGGUGGCACAAAUGGUUAGGUGCUGAACUACUAGCCAAAAGGUUGGUGGUUCGAACCCACCCAGAGGUGCCUGGGAAGACAGGCUUGGCAUCUGCUUCCUAAAGAUCACAGCCUUGAAAACGCUAUGGAGCAGUUCUACUCUGCACACAUGGGGUUGCCGUGAGUUGGAACUGACUGGGUGCUAACUAACAACAGCAAGUUGCCUAAUUUCUAUGGCUGUAAGUAGCCAGGGAGUGAAAUGUACAAGAGUGAUGAGGUUCCCAUUAGUUGGUUAGUGGGGCUGCUUUCAAAGUAGUUUUUUUGUUAGCUUGUUUUGGUAACAUUUCUGAACUUUUCCUAAAUCUGCAAUGUAUUUCCAACAUUUACAAAUACCCAGAGCCUCUUGUGUACUCAUAGACUAAGAAAAAUUAGGCCUCUUGGGUAGGAAUAUAUCCCUUUAUCACUAGCUUACUCUCCAUUACCUUUGCAUAUUUCCCAUGUAGCCUUGAGCCACAUUCACAAUUGGAUCCACAUUCGCAAUGGAAUAACUUCUCUUCAGCUAAUUGGUGAAUCCUAGAAAUUUCAAGGGAUUUGUCAAUUACACAUGGGAGAGUCAAACAGAACCUUGUUUUAUGUAUUUUUAAACAUGAUGCAAAAUAUCCUUUUGAAAUUAUCAUCCUUCUCUGCCCUAGUUUAGGGUCAAUAUCUUGGGGCACCUUUCAAGGCAUGGUUCUUAUAAGCAAAAGCUUGUUUUGAGUUUAACAAUUCCUAGCUCUGGGCCCAAUCCUUGAGACUUCAGCAAUGUACAGCAACCAGUCAAGGAAAUAAGCGUAUGGUGCUAAGUGUCUAGAAGCCACUUCAAAUGCCUGUUUUGAGAACCUUGUUACAGUCUGUUUAAAUGUAGUUUUUCAGAAAUAGGUUUUUAAUGGUUAUCUUCUGAAUAGCUUGGAUUUGCAACUGAAGAGGAAAGCAGCUUUUUUUUUUUUUAAAGGUAGAUUAUAUCAGAGGGGGGAAAAGUUGUAUCUUAUUCUGUGUGAUGGUUGCUAUGGUGAUGAUUGAAUGUAAAUUUAAGUUUAUGUAAAACCCUGCUAAGGUUUUGAUUAGACAUCAGAGGAAAGGCUUGGUGUCAGUUGGUGAAGUGGCUAAAAAGCAUCUACUAACGGGGGAAAAAAGGAUGAUGGGGUCACACAGCACCCCUCCCCCAGGUAUUCAUGUGGACACAGACUGAUCUGGAGGAUGAGGCAGUAUGAAUAAGAGCAAGGAAUGAAGAAAGGGUGCUUCUCUUCUCCCGCGCGAUUUCCUCCUUGAGGAGAGGCAGCUCCUGCAAAGGUGAACUCCCACGUGCCAGUUUCACUGGGUUUUAAGUAGGUUUUAGGUUUAGGGGAAAGGAGAUUCAAACAUCAGAUGCGGGAGCUGAGAUAAGUGACCUAUAUAGCACCUCCGACCACGAUUUCUGGCCUUUGAGUCCUUGCUCUUACCGAUUCUGGCUGUGACUCAGUCACCGACACUGAGACUGAGGACGAGAAGGCCCUUCCCUACUCGAAGCAGCAGCACCUACCACUGGAGAAUUCGCCUGGGAACCUAAUGGUGGUGCAGCCAGACCGCAUCCGCUGUGGGGCAGAAACCAUGGUCUACAUUAUUGUGAAAUGUAAGUUGGAUGAGAGAGUGACGACAGAAGCAGAAUUUUCUCCUGAGAAUUCUCCCUCAAGACGGGUGGAAGCCAAGCUGGAGAAUGAGUACACCAUCUCAGUGAAGGCGCCCAACCUUUCGCCUGGGAAUGUUUCUCUGAAGGUAUAUUCCGGGGACUUAGUGGUGUGUGAAACGACCAUCAGCUAUUAUACUGACAUGGAAGAAAUUGGAAAUUUAUUGUCCAGUGCUGCGAACCCUGUGGAGUUCAUGUGUCAGGCCUUUAAAAUUGUGCCCUACAGCACAGAGACCCUUGAUAAACUGCUAACCGAGUCCCUGAAGAACAACAUCCCUGCAAAUGGACUGCACCUCUUUGGAAUCAACCAGUUGGAAGAAGAAAAUAUGAUGACAAAUCAGAGGGAUGAGGAGCUGCCCACCUUGUUGCAUUUUUCUGCGAAGUAUGGACUGAAGAACCUCACUGCCUUGUUGCUCACCUGCCCAGGAGCCCUCCAGGCAUACAGUGUGGCCAACAAGUAUGGCCACUACCCCAACACAAUCGCUGAGAAGCAUGGCUUCAGGGACCUGCGGCAAUUCAUCGAUGAGUAUGUGGAAACUGUGGACAUGCUGAAAAGUCACAUUAAGGAGGAACUGAUGCAAGGGGAGGAGGCUGAUGCCGUGUAUGAGUCCAUGGCCUACCUCUCCACAGACCUGCUCAUGAAAUGCUCCCUGAACCCCGGCUGUGACGAGGAGCUAUAUGAGUCCAUGGCUGCCUUUGCCCCAGAUGCCUCUGAAGACCUCUAUGUAGAAAUGCUUCAGGCCAGUACAUCUAACCCAAUCUCAGGAGACAGUUUCUCUCGGACCACUAAGGACUCUAUGAUCCGCAAGUUUUUAGAAGGCAACAGUGUGGGAAUGGCCAAUUCAGAGAGGAAGCUGCACCGUCUUAGUCGGGAGGAAGACGUUUAUCACAUAGUGGAUGAUGAUGACACCUUGUCUGUGGACAUGGCCAGCAGGCCCCCCGUUCCAGUGCCCAGGCCAGAGGCCAGUCCUCCUGGUGCUCACCAGCUGCCCGACAACGAGCCAUACAUUUCUAAAGUUUUUGCAGAAAAAAGUCAAGAGCGGCCUGGGAAUAUCUAUGUUUCCUCAGAGAGCAUCAGGAAAGAGCCACCUGUCAGACCGUGGAGGGACAGGCCCCAGUCGAGUGUAUAUGACCCUUUCGCUGGGAUGAAAACGCCAGGCCAGCGACAACUUAUUACCCUCCAGGAGCAGGUGAAGCUGGGCAUUGUCAACGUGGAGGAGGCUGUGCUCCACUUCAAAGAGUGGCAGCUCAACCAGAAGAAGCGCUCCGAGUCCUUUCGUUUCCAGCAGGAAAAUCUUAAACGGCUAAGAGAUAGCAUCACCCGGAGACAGAGAGAGAAGCAGAAAUCAGGAAAGCAGACAGACUUGGAGAUCACGGUCCCAAUUCGGCACUCACAGCACCUGCCUGGGAAAGUGGAGUAUGCAGUGUAUGAGAGCGGCCCCAGGAAAAGUGUCUUUCCACCCAGGACGGAGCUAAGACGAGGAGACUGGAAAACAGACAGUACCUCUAGCACAGCAAGCAGCGCCAGUAACCGAUCCAGCACACGCAGCCUCCUCAGUGUGAGCAGCGGGAUGGAGGGGGACAAUGAGGAUAACGAAGUCCCCGAGGUUACAAGAAGUCGUAGUCCAGGCCCCCAUCAAGUAGACGGAACACCCACUGUGCCCCUUGAAAGGCCCCCCAGGGUGCCUCCCCGAGCUGCUUCACAGAGGCCUCCAACCAGGGAGACCUUCCAUCCUCCUCCACCUGUUCCACCCAGAGGUCGCUGAUUCUACAUCCUAAAAUUUGCCUAAUCCAGGACUUUUGAGACUUGUGAUUUUCAGCCUGUUAAUGUCUUCACAUUGAGUUUUAUGGACAUGACUGCUGACCUUAAAACCUACUCUCAUUGCUGAUAUUGUUGCGGCUCUGCUGGUUUGGACUAUCCUUGAAGAGGACAAUAUCAAGGCAUGAAGAAGUGAAAAACCAAGGACUUUAUUCACCAUUGCCAAGUAUCUCAAUCUUUGUUUGCCAAAAGGAUGAAAACUUAAUUGGAAUACUUACCUCUAAUUUGAUGUGUCAGAAGCCUAAAAAGAUUGAUCAAAAGUAUACUUUACAAGUGAUUUUACUGGAAUGCACUUCCAUUAGACCUUA